UUGCAAGAUGGCUCCACCGCCGCCAUAUAUCAUCGCUUGAAUCUUCUACCUUCCGCUGUCCUGAACUCUAUACAACAUAAUUGGAACAAAAGAAACAAGUGGCAUAAGGAUACGGAGGAGGUGCUAUUCUCACUAGCACAUCGUCAUGAUGUUGCCGAACAUGUGGCGCAGGCUAUCUCCUCUAUCGUUGCUCCGGUUGCCAUCUCACAAACGCUCAAAAAUACUGUGACAGCAGGAUUCUAUAGAAGUGCUGUUUACGGCUUACAAAAGCUUACGAAAAUGAUCCGAAGUCUUCCGAGAUAG